AUGGAGAAGUCCAACCAACUAGCUGUUGACAACCCUCGACGCCGCAACCGCCGCAUCAACUCCUGCCUCGCAUGUCGUCAACGCAAGCUGAAAUGCAACCGCCAACAGCCCUGUUCUAAUUGCGCCCGAGCCGGCCGGGAAUGCGCUUUCUUGCGGCUGGACUCGCAGCAUAGCGUCCAUAAAAAACUCGCCAUAUUCAAGGAACAAACCGCAUUGCUGGAGAAGUGCCUCGAGCGAGAUACGGAAAUCGCCAAAUCUACCAAACUGGGGCCGGCAUCGCCAGAGGAGGACGAGGAUGAUCUGCUCAUCACCUCACUCGAAUUAGCUUUGUUGGGGAUUCAGGACGCAGCAUACGAUCAUGAGGACGAUGAUGACUCGGAUGAUGAUCUGUAUGACUUGGGGUUCCGAUUUGGGAAAAUGCGCGUGAACGAGCGGGUGGGAGGAUUUUUUCACCCGCAGAUGGCGGAUGAGCUGUCCACAUUUCUGGACGAAAUGGGAAACCCAACUGCACUGCGCACUCCCAACCGGCACAAUCUCAGUGCUGCCGAGAAAGAUCUCUAUUUUGGUCCUGGUCCUUAUUUCAUUCCGCCUCAGUCCGGCCUGUUCUUCAGUCAAUCCUGUUCGGCUUCUUCAAUGACUGAUUGGGCCUCCCAGCGACCUAUGGCGGAUGCACUCCUAAAGCAAUAUUGGGAGGCGGUGCAUCCUAUCGUUCGCAUUGCCCAUCGACCUAGUCUUGAGCGGCGCUACAGGACAUUCUGGGAGGCAAUCGAUACGGGAGGAAGACCACCCGCAUCAUUGCGAGCCCUGAUUUGCUCCAUGCUCUUCAUCGCAGUAGUGAGUAUGUCGACAUCCACGGUCUUGCAUCAAUUUGGAAUUGCGCAGCAGAUCCUUCAGAAUCACUUGCAGUUCAAAACAGAAAAAGCCCUCAAAGAUGCGCGAUUACUCUCGACAACCAGACUGGAGACACUACAGGCCUUUGUUCUAUAUCUGAUUCCCAUGUGCCGCAGCGAGAUUUCCCGGGCGCACUCGGCCCUUGUGGGAAUGGCAGUGCGCUUGGCGGAAUCCCUCGGGUUGCACCGAGAUCCGAAGGAGUCGCAAUACUCGGUAGUUGAGAGUCAUGUCCGUCGGCUAGCAUGGUACCAGGUUUGUUUCCUUGACCUACGAACGGCCGAAGUGCAAGGUCCACGGGUGGCCAUACAGCCGGAAGACUUUUCGGUCGAGUUACCAGUCAAUCUGGAUGAUGAGCAGAUAGCAGCCGGGGUGGAGAGUGAUCCGCUGGUGUGGACAGAUAUGACCUAUACACGCAUUCGGUUUGAGUGUCAGGAAAUGCAGCGGAAGUGUCUUCUAGCGCGACUCCAGUUGGAACAAAAAAAGCUGCCCCUGUCCCAGGCCCUGCGACAGAUCGACACCUUCCGCCAACACAUGGAGUUCCAGUACGGCCCGAUCUUCAGCCAGACCGAGCUAACACCAUUACAGAUAGCAGCUAAGCAUUUGAUGACUCUCUUGAUCAACCGUCUCUACACGGCUGUUCUCCACCAGUUCUACCGGGCAGUGAUCGUACAGCCCCCGCUCCGGCUGCGGCAGCUAGUCGUGAGCACGGGAAUACAACAAUUGGAGAGCUCCAUAGCGUUGGAAACCAUGCCUCAGCUGCAGUUGUGGGCCUGGUACAGCCAGGCCUACCACCAGUACCAUGUCUCGAUGCUGCUAUUAUUAGAGGUGUAUUUGCGGCCCACGAGUCCGGGGGCAGAUAGAAUCUGGCCGUGCCUCGAUUACGUUUACGAAACCACAACCGUGGCAGAUUUGGAGGAGAACCGUAAUCUGACCAGUCAGAAUCGCAAAGCUUGGGUUAUUCUGACAGCACUGCGUGAUCGCAUUGAUGUAUACCGGCGUAUGAGACGCGCUCGCGUGCCGGUCCCGAGCACUAGGGUCAUACGGCAGCCCGUUUCCUCUUUCGAAUUCAAACAGCCAGAAAGCACAAGUCUGGAGAACAACCUGCCAGAAUGUGGACCGCGGACUGGUAUUGUUGGUCAUUCCCUAUUCCAUGGGGGGAUGGAGCAGACAGACCUCACUGAGGAAGACGGAGUAUCUUUGAUCAAUAUUGAUUUACCCGAGAAUAAUAUAUUAUCGUCUUUUGUGGAUUUUGACUGGUCAGAGUGGGACACCCUUCAUCAUAAUGCCAUGGAUGGUACAUUCUAA